CGAUUCUACGUCGCACAGCAGGACACGCUCACCUGCGCCAAGGCACUCGUGCGCGCUCACGGGAGCGACAAGGUUGCGGUGCUCAACAUGGCGAAUCACAAGCAGCCCGGCGGCGGGUUCCUCACCGGCGCUGGCGCGCAGGAGGAGGCCAUGUGUCGCCGCAGCACGCUCUUCCUGCACCUUACGCAGACGCAGGGAACGCUGGGCAAGAUGUACCCGUUUCCGAAGCACGUAUCCGCCAUCUGGACGCCGGGCGUUCGCGUGUUCAGGGACGAGGGCGCGGCGCACUAUAACGUGUGGCCGGAUCACCAGCGGUUUGACGUCGCGGUCAUCACCGCAGCGGCGGUGCAGAACCCCCCUCUAGAUCGCACCGGUCAAGAGUUCAAGUAUGUGGCAGACGUUCAGCGCACGAGGGUCAAGAUGGCUCAAAUACUGCGCAUCGCCAAAGCUCAGGGGAUCACGCAUCUUGUCCUCGGUGCUUUCGGAUGCGGCGCGUUCGGCAAUCCCCCACCUGCCAUAGCAAAGCUGUGGUGGGAGGCGCUCUUUCAACCUGACGUUCGUGGCGCUUUCACGGAAGUCUGGUUUGCGGUCAUCGAUAAGAGCGGGAGUAGUAAUUAUCCCAUAUUUCACGCCAUGUUCCAUGGCAAGGUGGAUUCGGGUCUUUGAUUAACAUCGCUUGUGACUAGGGACGUAGGCGCGUGUGUAUUCGCCUUCGACUGUAUGCUUGCAUUUGUAUCAUCUAGCGCCGAAGCCGUU